ACGGCCUUCUCUGUCUCCAUAGGAGGUGCCGUUCCGCCCCGGAAGACUCUUCCUCGUCUCUCUUCCGCCCCGGACUCAGCUGCUGGUGAUGAAGCGUCCUCCAUGCUCAACUCCGCAUUUUAUUUUACCCACCCCUGAGCUCCGGACUCCCCACCUUCCUUCCUCAGAGGUGGUAUAACCCAUCAUGGCGGACAUGUUUUUAAACUUGGAGAUGGCGGACGGAUCUUCUUCUGGCGCACACGCCGAACCCGGGAACAGCAAGCACCAGCGUUUUCUCAAAAGGAGAAAGUUUUUAGAACUAAGAGGGUUGCUGAAGCAGAAGCAGUUGCCCCAAAAGACCCCCAACAAGAAAAAGGAGCAGCCGACGGAUUCCUGGGCCCACAGCAAACACAACGGACAGCACCGGACUGACAGAUCGCACAGCAACUUCUUCUGUCCCAACCAGCAGCAGCUGCCCCCCUCCUCCGGGAGGGUCACCACGGGCGCCCCCCCGUGCCAGUCCGGCACUGUGACCGUCAGCAUCGGCUCCGGAGCUAAUCAUUCCCGCUCUGCAACGUUUAUGCCAUCCAGGGGCCACUGUUCUUCCAAGCGGGGGGAGAGCGGUCACCCGCCGCCGCCGCCUAGACCUUCUCUUCACCAGCAGAAGUUGAACCCGCUGAGCGAGUAUGAGAGCGGACUCCCCUCGGACUCUUCCACCCCCAGCUACAAAAUAGUGGCCAUAGACUGCGAGAUGGUGGGCACGGGGCUGAAAGGGAGCAUCAGUGCCUUGGCCCGGUGCAGCAUCGUCGGUUAUAACGGGGACGUGGUGUACGAUCGGUACAUCCAACCAGCCAAUCCCGUCACAGAUUACAGGACGAAAUGGAGCGGGAUAAGGAGGGAACACUUAUUCAACGCCAUCCCGUUCUCUGUCGCCCAAAAAGAGAUCUUAAAGAUCCUUCAUGGGAAGAUAGUGAUCGGUCACGCCAUCCACAAUGACUACAAGGCCUUAGAAUACUUCCAUCCCAAGGAGAUGACCCGAGACACCUCGAAGAUUCCAUUGCUGAACCGCAAGGCGGGUUUCCCGGAGAAGGAGAUGGCGUCACUAAAACGUCUGGCCAAAGUGCUUCUCCGCAGGGACAUCCAGGUGGGCAGAGGCGGCCACUCUUCCGUGGAGGACGCCAAGACAACGAUGGAAUUAUAUCGCAUUGUGGAGGCCGAGUACGAGACAGAGCUGGCAUCCACGGGGGCAGAUUGAUAAACUUUGGGGGGGGGGAGGGGUUUCAGAUUUAUAUAUGGGAACAUAUCAACUGUUACUUUCUACUGCUUCAUUAAUUAAAAAAUGGAACCCCGGACUGAA